AUGGAUAAGCAGCGCAAGCCGAAGCAUCCCAAGACUAAUGCAACCAUUGUUGCUUCUUCUUCUGAAGAAGUGAGCAGUCUUGAGUGGGAAGAAGUAGCAAUGACACAAGAAGAACAUGAUUUGAUUAGCAGAAUGUAUAAGCUUCUCGGUGAAAGCUGGGAGGAUUCCAGGAAGAACAGCAGAAGAGAUUGA